AUUGCUUAUAAGAACUCCUUAUAAGUACCCUGCCCAAAAUUCAUUCUAACUCAUGCCUCUUUAUUUAAAAAGCAGUCUGUAGCAUUGAGUAAAAAUAAAAUAAAAAAAUAAAAAAUAAAAAGAUCUUAGCCUCUUACCGCCAAAGCGUACUGCAAAAGCGCCAAGCACUAUAUAACAUAUAUUGAAACUGCAGUCAGAGAUCCGAUCCUUUCCGUACAAUCUCCCAUGAAUCACGAGCAAGAGCAACAGCAACUGCCCAGGCCUCCGGCAACGACUCCGACUCCGACUCCGUCGCCGGCGCCGGUCACUAGUGGCGAGUCAUCGUCUGGUCUUGCAGUAUUCAUGCUAUUCAUCGGUGUUUUCGCCGUGAUAGCGAUGUCAUCGACCUUAAGUGGUAGUAAUAGCUUAGCCAUUUUGCACCAAGUCCCAGAAGGUCAUGUUGGGGUGUAUUGGAGAGGAGGUGCCCUUCUGAAGACAAUUACCGAUCCAGGUUUUCAUGUCAAGAUGCCUUUGAUAACCCAGUAUGAGCCUGUUCAAGUAACCAUUCAGACAGAUCAAGUGAGGGAUAUUCCUUGUGGUACCAAAGGAGGUGUCAUGAUCACUUUCGAGAAGAUAGAGGUUGUUAACCGGCUUCGUAAGGAUUACGUACAUGAGACACUCUUAAAUUACGGGGUGAACUACGACAACACAUGGAUAUAUGACAAAAUUCAUCAUGAGAUUAAUCAGUUCUGCAGCUCUCAUACUCUUCAAGAUGUCUAUAUUGAUGUAUUCGAUCAGAUUGAUGAAAAGAUGAAAGAUGCUCUUCAGGGUGAUUGCACGCGUUAUGCUCCAGGUAUUGAAAUAAUUAGCGUUCGCGUCACAAAGCCAACUAUACCAGAGAGUAUAAGACGAAAUUUUGUACAAAUGGAGGAAGAACGUACCAAGGUUUUGAUUGCUAUAGAGAGACAGAGAGUGGUUGAGAAAGAGUCCGAGACCACGAAGAAGAUGGCUAUUAGCGAGGCUGAGAAGAAUGCUGGUGUCAGUAAGAUUCUCAUGGAACAAAAGUUGAUGGAAAAGGAAAGUGCUCGGAAGCAGCAAGAAAUUGAGAACCGGAUGUAUCUAGCUCGGGAAAAGAGCCUUGCAGAUGCGGACUUUUACCGAGUAAUCAAAGAAGCAGAAGCAAACAAGUUGAAGCUUACGCCACAAUUUCUUGAGCUUAGAUUUAUUGAAGCUAUAGCAAAUAAUACCAAAAUUUUCUUUGGAGAAAAGGUGCCCAAUAUGGUCUUUGAUCAACGAUUGUUGGGGAACUACCUACAAGAAUUUUCCAGAAAGCUGUCUAAAGAACGUAACAUAGAAGUUGCUUAAUCUCUUCAUGUCUGUUGAGUACAGUUAAGUUUUUCAAUGGUCAAUCUCUCGGCUUGUUUUUUGGUGGCAAAUUGGCAAUCAUAGAAUGAACUUGUGUGAGAAUGUAAUGUUUGUCAAGUUGAAUAUCCGUAUGAUGUAUUUCUCCUGUGCUUUUGAUUAGCCAAACUUUGUCUAUGUUUUGUUUUCGUUUCUUAAAUUCUGUCUCAUAUAGUUUUGUAAACAAUUAUUUGAAAAUAGCUCCAUUU